AUGGCUCCUUUACCAGUGAUGUUAUUUCUCAUAACUCUGCUGCUACCAUCAAUGCACACUGAAGGAAUGGUACUGACAGAGACUCAAAAAGACUUCACCACACCUUCUAAUCGUAAGACAAAUCACAAGGCGGUCUUGGACAAGACUGACCACAAAGAUGAGGGAAAUAUACAGGCCCCCAAGAAGGAAUUCUCUGCCUCCAAUCAAGAUGGGACAUUAUUUGAAGACUUAGCCAAUGCUAACCAACAUGAGUUAAACCUGUCAAAAAAAGUGAUGGCCCAGAGCAACUGUUGUACUCAGAAGCAUCAAGUGGACCCAGUAAAGUUCAGUCACAUGGACAAUAGGCUUCAAGGGACCAGAGUUAGGCACCAAAGAGACAAUCUUAAACAAAAUGUCAUCAAUGAUCUAGAUCAAUUUUUUGAUAAAGAAGGAAAGAUAUUGGUUUCCCGUAAAAGUUUCCUGGUGUCCUACUUGCAGUGGCUCUUAGAAGAAUCUCUUUUUAUGUCCUAUGACCUCUUUGUUAACCAAGCAAACAAAAAAGAUUAGAGACUGUAAAUAAACACAAUAAAUUCUCUCCUCCCUCCUGUUAAAUAUGAAAAUUAGACAGAGACAGCAAAA